AGGGGGGGGGAGAUGUGACGCGGGUGACGCAUCUCGUGUGAGUCGUGGUGAAUCGUGAUAAACGUCGAACGCGCAAUCCGCUCGCACGACUCCGCGCGCGAGAAUAAUCCUCCAACGUCGGCGUUUCAACAAGCGGCGCAGUGUUACCCGUCGUCGCUGCCCGUGCGAAAUCCGGGAGGUGGAGGGGCACGCUCCUCGUGCAUCCUGUAUGGCGACUCUGUGGUGACACCCAGCCCUGCGCGGUCGCGACCCGAGAAGAUGGGAGCCCGGGACGCAGGCGUCGUCUACCUGCUGAUCGUGAUCGCGCACCUGUGCACGUGCGCCCGUUACAUUAAUCGCGUCAAUUACAAGGAGCAUCAACUCGAGAGCGACAAGAUAUGUCAUAUCCACAACAAGAAGCAGACGCUCGACAUGCGCCCCGGCAUCGGGGCGAUCGUCACACCGCAUUACAUGUUCGACCGCUGGACGAACGUCAAGACCGAUCGCGAAUGCUCGUUCGAGUUCAAGACCAGCAAGGCCGAGGGCGAGGGCCGCGAGGGCGUCUUCGCGGUUAUUCAGAAGAUGUAUCUCCGCCGCGACGGCGAUCGGUGCAUCGAUUACGUGCAGUUCCAGAGAAGCGACGGUCACUGGACGAGCAAGUUCUGCGGGGAGCUGGACCGCAGCCAGGCGACGUAUCUCCCGGUUCCCGAGCCUGAGGACAAUUCGGGUAACACCAGCUGGCCGAGGUCGUCCAACUUCAUGUACGCGGAGUAUGACCCCAUCCCCGUAAAACGUAGGGAUGCACCGUGGAGAUGGACAACGGACUCCGCCAAAAUAGGAACCAAGAUAUUCAUUUCCAAGGAAAGCGUGCCGGACGGACAGUCCCUGGACCUCACUAUAGUCUACACCCCGUACAAAAGAUGCGAUCAGGCCGAUUUCGAUUACAAGCCGGUCGGAUACAACAACUGCAUUCGGAAGGAGUACAUAUGCGACAAGAUCUACAACUGCCCCCUCGGCGUGUGUUCGGACGAGGCGAAUUGCACGGUCAACGAUCGCUACCCCAAGGACGACACCGCCACGAAGGUCACCGUGGGUGCGGUCACCACCAUGAUCCUCUGCUUCAUCAUCUUCGUUAUGUGCCUGUGGAUCUGCAAGAAGUCGCAGAAGCUGUGCUGGUCGUCGGACUGCGCCGGCCCGAACGCGUGCUCGCGACCGGUCUCCCUGCCGGACGCGGACGGGAUUCAGGGAUCCAAUCGCGGGGUACCGACGGCCCCCAUGCUGGAGGUCGCGGUGUCCUCGCCCGUCGCGGACAAGGAUCUGCCGCCCAGUUACGACUCGUUGUUCCCCGAACAGAGUAGCCCAGCCAGAUCGUAAGCCAUUCGAACUCGUUCGAGCACUCGUUCAUGAACUGAGCGCAUUUUAAACGUACCUCGUCUAAUGUUUUAAUUAGGCGCUGCGUUGUCGCGCAUCCGGUGAGUUUACAGGUCUGUUCUUUAUACAGCUGAACUGGCUGUUCACCAGUUUCAGAGUUUAUCUUUCUUCCUCUCGAUGUAGAAAACAAGGAGAAACUGUGAACCAGUGCAGCCAGUUCAGCUAUAGAGAACAGGCCCAAUUGGACCGAUCUUUCUCCACGCACACGCGCUGCGUUCUGCGAGCAGGAUUUUUUUUUUCCUGCGAAAGAAUUACAAUCUGAUGAAUUAACAGAUGUCGCGUGCAUCAGUUUCAAUUCUGUCAUGUAGUCGAUAUUCCCUGACAGUGUGAGUCGAGCUCGCAGCUUCAGGGCUAAUAACGUUAUGGAUACGUCAUUUAUAUAACUAGAACGCGCGAAGCUACAUGACACUAACUGUUGUUCUUUGUUCGUUCUUCGACAAUGAAUGAAGUUGGUCUUAAUUAAUCACAACGAAUUGUCGCAUGCAUCAGUUUCAAUUAUUUUGACCAAAGUAAUUAUAUUUGGAGCACUGCUGCUCGUUCACCGUCCGCAUAUAUCCAUUUACGCCACUGCAUGCAGUACAUUUACACGCGCAAGUGCUGCUGUAUUAACAUUACAGUUUGUACGUUGUUUCUUUUUGUAUAUUAAAGUGAGAUUACGUGAAAUGCAGCGGUUAAUAGGAUUACUCGGUUAAGUUUCUUUUUUCUUAUUGUAUAGUUUUUAAAGUUCCCGUUUCUUCACUGCAGCCUUAUUGAAUUAUGACGUCAGGAAUGGGAAAUUGUGAUUUAUUUUUUCCUGCAGUAUACGCUGAAAUAAAUUAAAUUUUUUCAUAAGCCACUAUUAAGUGUUCAAUAGCGUAUUGCAAGAAAAAAAAUUCAUAUGACGAUUCUGACGUAACUUGUGGUUGCAGUAAGGAAACAGGUGUCUUAAAUAUGAAUUUCUACGUUUUGUAUUAUUUUCUAAUAAAUAUUGAAGAAAUAAUAAAUCACGAGAAUUUUGUCCGUCGACGACGAAGGAAUAGAGGUCUCAAAAUAGCUUCCUAAUAUUUGAUGAAAUAUUACAAUUUUCCGUGUCAAAAUAACGGUGCAGUAUUUUUUUAACUAUUAAAUUUAAAGAUACAUCUCAUGGACUUUUACAUUUGUGUUAGUUUCAAAUAUUUCAGUUAAUGUUGUUAUACAUCUUACUUACGACGUUUGAUAACAAUAUCUCGAAAAAAAAGAAUCUGAUGGGAUCUGUUGUGUU